GGCAGUUGCCUAGCAAUCUAGAAAAGACUUGCAAUUGUGAGCCAGCUCGCCAUGGCUUCGUCAAUAGCUGGCCAUUGCUUUCUUCUUGCGCUUUUCCUGUUCUUCUCUGCCACCCACGGGCAGCUCAAGGAGGACUUCUACGCCAAAACCUGCCCAUCAUUGGAUUUGAAGGGCAUCGUGCGCAACGAGUUGAGUCGUGUACUCCCCACCGACCGCCGGAUGGGCGCCUCCCUCCUCCGGCUUUUCUUCCACGACUGUUUCGUUCAGGGCUGCGACGCGUCGGUUCUUCUGGACAACGACAAGCAACGGGGCAUCGUCAGCGAGAAGGACGCCGGCCCGAACAAGAACUCCCUGCGCGGCUUCAAGGUCAUCGAUGACAUCAAGACGGCCGUCGAGGCCAGCUGCUCCCGCGUCGUCUCCUGCGCUGACAUCCUCGCCGUCACCGCGCGGGAGGCCGUCGUCGCUCUCGGUGGACCAAGCUGGACGGUGCUGCUCGGCCGGCGCGACUCGAUGAACGGGAGCCCGGACAAGGCGAACAGCGACCUCCCGUCGCCAGACUCCGACCUCAGCACGCUCAUCACGGCAUUCGGCAACAAGGGCCUGAGCCCGCGCGACCUGACGGCGCUCUCCGGCGCGCACACCAUCGGAUUCUCGCAGUGCCAGAACUUCCGCGGCCGCAUCUACAACGACGCCAACAUCAAUUCGACGUUCGCCACCCUGCGUAAGGCCAACUGCCCGGCCAUGCCCGGCAUCGGCGACAGCAACCUGGCCCCGCUGGAUGAGCAGACGCAGCUUGUCUUUGACAACAAGUACUACGGGAACCUGGUGGUCAGGCGCGGCCUGCUGCACUCGGACCAGGAGCUCUUCAACGGCGGCUCGCAGGAUCAGCUCGUGCGAGAUUACAGCUCCGACCCGACCCUCUUCCGCACCGACUUCGCCAACGCGAUGAAGAAGAUGUCGGAAAUCAGCCCGCUCACCGGAGUUCAAGGCCAAAUCAGGGUCAAGUGCAGCAGUGUCAACAUAAAAUAACUGUUGCCGUUGAUCGGCACUAUGAACACAAUCGGGCGUGUUGAGUUGCGUCUGCAUGGGACUGUUGGCGUAUUUUGUGCCUGAGUUCGUGCGCGUGUGGCUCUGUGCAUGCAUGUGGUCGUCGCCGUAG